GGGGGGGGGGUCCCGGUCCCUCCCCGCCGCCGAGCUCGGACUGCAGCAUCCCGCCCGCCGCAGUGCCCGCAGUACCAGGGACCGGAGGACCGGGGCUCAGCACCGGAGGAGGAUGGUUUGUCCCACCUCGGCGUGGGCACAGCCACCAGAAUCCCGCACACCUCAGAGAGAAGGGGGAGGGGUACGGCUGCUGCUUUAUUUUCCAUCGGGAAAGCAGAGCGCGUCCAUUGGAAACUUGGAUUCUAUUUCGCCUAUUUCUUUUGUAACAGGAACUGGGAUUUUUUACAGCAGAGAUGGGGGUGAGAGAUUGUCGCCUGUAUCCCCACCCAGCCAGCCUGCUCUGUCUUUCGCUUUAAAAGGUCCGGAUCCUUCUGGUCAUCUGAUUCAGGUCAAGCAGGACUUUGCGUUGCCAAGAGCCCGCGGAUCCUGUUGGAGCAGCUCCCAGCACCGGCUGCUGCCUCCCUGGAAGGGACGAGAGAUGCUCGUUUAAUCCUCGGAGGACUGAGAGGCCAUGCCAUGGGUCUCCUGCUGUGCCUCCCUGGGUAGUUGACAGACUCCCCGCGCCCGCAGCCCCUAAGACCCCAAACACCAGGAUGCUCUGGCCUGGAUGCUGCUGCCCCAAGGAAUAAUGUGAAGACUGGCCCCCAUCCCCAGCAGUGUCCCCUCCAUGGGCUGUCUCCCAGCAUGAACGCCGACACUCAGCAGCUCCCGGCGGGGGCCCAGGUGGCCAGCGUGCCCCUCUGGACCGUAGCCAGUUGGGCCGCCUCUGAGGUGCCCCCCAACACUAGCACAGCUGCAGAGGAAGCUGGGCGGCAGCAGGGGCAAGCGGAGUGGGGCAGCAAGGUGGGCGAGAUCGCUGGCAUGGUGGUGAUCCAGUGCAUCUAUGCCCUGGUGUGCCUGCUGGGGCUGCUGGGCAACUCCCUGGUGAUCUUCGUCAUCCUGCGCUACGCCAAGAUGAAGACGGCCACAAACAUCUACCUGCUCAACUUGGCCAUCGCCGACGAACUCUUCAUGCUCAGCAUCCCCUUCGUGGCCACCUCGGCCGCCCUGCACCACUGGCCCUUCGGCCGGGCCCUGUGCCGCACCGUGCUGGGCGUCGAUGGGCUCAACAUGUUCACCAGCGUCUUCUGCCUGACCGUUCUCAGCCUGGACCGCUACAUCGCGGUGGUGCACCCGCUGCGAGCGGCCACCUACCGCCGGCCUCGGGUGGCCAAGAUGGUCAAUGGGGGCGUGUGGCUCCUCUCCUUGCUGGUUGCUUCGCCCAUCCCCAUCUUCGCCGGCACAGCAGCCACCCGCGAUGGCCAAGCGGUGGCCUGCAACCUCCUUUGGCCCAGCCCCGCCUGGUCAGCCGCUUUCGUGGUCUACACCACCUUGCUGGGCUUCUUGCUGCCGGUGCUGGCCAUGGGGCUGUGCUACCUGCUGAUCGUGGGCAAGAUGCGGGCGGUGGCGCAGCGGGUGGGCUGGCAGCAGCGCCGGCGCUCCGAGGGCAAGCUGACCCGCCUGGUGCUGAUGGUGGUUGCCAUGUUCGUGAUCUGCUGGAUGCCCUUCUAUGUGGUGCAGCUGAUCAACCUGCUGCUGCCGGGACGCUUGGAUGCCACCGUCAACAACGCCUCCCUCAUCCUCAGCUACUCCAACAGCUGUGCCAACCCCAUCCUCUACGGCUUCCUCUCGGAAAACUUCCGGCACUCCUUCCAUGGUGUCCUGCGUCGCUGCCUGAAUGCCAGCCUCUGCUGCUGCCACGCUGGGGAGGGGAACACCAUGGAUGAGGAGGAGGAGGAAGAGCCUCUCGAUUACUGCGCUGCUCCCCGGGGGGAUGACAAGGGCAAGGGCUGCAUGUGCCCACCUCUGCCCUGCCAGCAGGAGCCUGUGCAUCCCGAGCCCUGCUGCAAGCCUGGAUCUCUCCUCACAAAGACCACCACCUUCUAGGGUGUCCUUGCCCUCACCAGACCCCAGAUGGGUGUCUCCAGCAGGCAUGGGCAAAGGGGACUUUGGCUGGCCAGGGGGCAAGCUGCUGGUCCUUGCUUGUGCUGUGCAGUUCAACAAAAUAAAAAGCCAUAAGACUGGCCUGUGACACAGCUGA